CCUCUUGUUACUUACAAUUCACUACUCACAAGUCAAUACUCUCAAAAACAACACUCUUCUCUCUCUCUUUCACAUUCAUUCUCAUCAUCACUCACAUGAUGAAUGGUUAACAACAUUUCCUUCUCAUCAUUAUUACAAUCAUGCCAUCGCGUCCGCCUCCUCAACCACCUCUUCCAUCCGCCGCAACCAUCACAGCUCCCCACCACUACCACCACCGUGAAAUGCUAAUCGGCGGCUGCAUCGCUGCAGCCGUCUUCCUAACAGCAGUGUUAAUCUCCGUAGCAAUCUUCAUCUACAGAAAACUCUCACACAACCGAACGACGCCGUUUGAGCAAAGCCAGAGAAGAUUCUCGUUCUCUAUACUCCGUCGCGCUUCAAACUCUUUCUCGGCUUCGACGCGCCUCGGACACGGCGGAUUCGGUUCGGUUCAUAAAGCUACUCUACCGACCGGAGAAACCGUGGCUUUGAAAGUAAUGGAUUCGCCGGGUUCGAUUCAAGGUGAGAGAGAGUUUCAUAACGAGCUUUCUCUGUGUUCGAAUCUGAGUUCUCCUUUCAUUCUUUCGCUUCUCGGUUAUUCUUCGGACCGGUCUGGUAGAAAGCUUGUUUUGGUUUACGAACUCAUGGAGAACCGGAGUCUUCAGGAUGCGCUUUUAGACCGGAGGUGUCCGGAGUUAAUGUGUUGGUUGAAUCGGUUCGAUGUGGCGGUUUCGGUUGCUAAAGGACUUGAGUAUCUUCAUCAUAGCUGUGAUCCUCCGGUGAUUCAUGGUGAUGUAAAACCUAGUAAUGUUCUUUUGGAUCGUGAAUUUAGGGCUAAGAUUGGGGAUUUUGGACUUGCUAGGGUUAAGAGUUUGGAGGAUUCUGGAAUGGAGAUGAUGGUGGAGGAGGUUCGUGAGAAGAAAAAGAGAGAUGUUGUUGUUGUUGAGGAUUGUAGUUCUGUUUCUGUUGUUGAGGAAUCAGAGAGUGUUGUUACUAAUACUACGGUUGGAUUUGAUCGGUCGCCGGAGAGUUUUAAUGUGAGGGUUUUGGAUUCGGAUGCUUCGCCCGAGGUGGGGGUUGUUUCGCCGGAGAUGAGCGGGGUUGAGAAAUUAAGUGUUGUGUCUGAUGGUUGUUUUGAUAAAUUUAGUAUUGAUAGUGGGAAUCAGAGGAAGAGAGGUGGGGGUUGUGUUCGAGGUGGUUCUGGGAGGGAUUGGUGGUGGAAGCAAGAGAAUAAUGGGGGAGGAUCUGAAUCAGGGAGGGUGAAGGAUUAUGUUAUGGAGUGGAUUGGGAGUGAGAUAAAGAAGGAGAGACCUAAGAGUAGUGAGUGGGUUGGUUCUGGUUCUUCGAUUUGUUCGGGUGUUGGUGAUGUGGCUGCGACGGCAAAGGUGGAGGGUAAGAAGAAACAGAGGAAGAAAUUGGAAUGGUGGGCUUCACUUGAUGAGGAGAAGGUUAAAGGGAAGAAGAAUAGAAAACCAAGGGAAUGGUGGAAGGAGGAGUUUUGUGAGGAGCUUUCGAAAAAGAGUAGGAAGAAAAAGAGAAGCCUCGAUUGUCGUGGAGAAUCGUGGUGGCAGAGAGACGAGGAUGUAGGCAGUGUGGCGGGGGUGAAGAAGAAAAAGAGGAAAAGUAAGAGUAGUAGAGGGAGUAUUGAUUGGUGGUUGGAAGGUUUAAGCGGCGACCUUAGGAAUAAUGGAAGGAGAAAUAGUCAAGAUUGGGGUAAUGGUGAUAUACCAAAGAGUGGAGGAAUCAGUAGCACACCAAGUAUGAGAGGAACAGUUUGUUACAUUGCUCCUGAAUAUGGCGGCGGUGGACAAUUAUCUGAGAAAUGUGAUGUGUAUAGUUUCGGUGUUCUGCUUUUGGUUUUGGUUGCUGGAAGAAGACCACUUCAAGUAACAGCAUCACCAAUUUCAGAAUUUGAAAGAGCAAAUCUCAUUUCAUGGGCUAGGCAACUUGCUCACAAUGGGAAACUCUUAGAUCUUGUUGAUAGUUCUAUUCAUUCUUUGGAUAGGGAACAAGCAUUGCUUUGUAUCACCAUUGCAUUGUUGUGUUUGCAGAGAUCACCUGGGAAAAGGCCCUCCAUGAAAGAGAUUGUUGGGAUGCUUUCCGGUGAGGCCGACCCACCCCAUUUGCCCUUUGAAUUCUCACCUUCACCACCCUCUAAUUUCCCUUUCAAAUCAAGAAAAAAAGCUAGGUGAGUUUUGCUUAGUGAGUGAGUUUUAUUGUGAUGAUUAUCAUUAACUUCACAAGUGUUUAUUUAUUUUAGUCAACUCUAAUUUUAUUCACCAUUUGUAGAAACUAAUGCAGAGUAAAAUGUGAGGAAAAAAAAUAGUGACUAGUUGUGAAUUACCAAGCCUUGCAUAAAUCCAUUUCUUACCUUUAUAUGUUA